AUGUCAAACCGAUUGAUAACAUUAAUUCAAUAUAUGUUUAUAACGGUUGAUAUACUAUGCAAUGCAUUCAGUGAUUAUUUUUCCGAUCAUCUCAUAAGACAACUGUCCAUAUUUGUGAUGCAAGACCUGUGUCUCGUCCUAUCGCUUAUUAUACUAUUGCUCUACUAUUUCAAUGUCGAUGCCUUAAGAACCGGUACUCUGGCACUCAUUUUUCGCAGAUAUUGGUCAUCACUGGUAUUGACCAUCGUAUACAUUCUACUAACCAUUACACUACAGUUGCUAUUAGUGAAACUUAAUUGGAGUCAAUACAAGGGUAGAGGAGAAGGAGGUGGUGGAAGAAGUGGUCGACACUCGUGGAAGAGUCAGUCAUCUAUAGUCUCGCUGUUUGUCAUUCAACGAGUUUUCUCAGCUUUUUAUUACUUUUCAUUUGCUUUUACUUUAAGAAAACUUCAGAGCAAACGACUUAUUGAAAAAUUGACUCCAAAAUCAUAG